GCCAUGGCUUCCCGGGGGAAAUCGGAAACAACUAAAUUAAAACAAAACAUGGAGGAGCAACUCGACAGACUAAUGCAGCAGCUUCAGGACCUGGAAGAGUGCAGAGACGAGCUGGAGGAGGAGGAGUACGAGGAGACUAAAAAAGAGACCCUGGAACAGCUGAAUGAGUUCAAUGAGUCCCUGAAGAAGAUCAUGUCUGGGAACAUGACACUGGUGGAUGAACUUGGAGGAAUGCAGCUGGCCAUUCAGGCAGCCAUUAGCCAGGCGUUCAAGACCCCCGAGGUGAUCCGACUCUUCGCCAAGAAACAGCCCGGGCAGCUGAGGACCCGGCUGGCCGAGAUGGACCGCGACGUCAUGGUGGGGAAGCUCCAGAGGGACGUGUACACCCAGCAGAAGGUGGAAAUUCUCACGGCGCUGAGGAAGCUGGGCGAGAAGCUCACAGCCGAGGACGAGGCGUUUCUCAUAACGAACGCUAGCGCCACCCUCAGCCAGUUUGAGAAAGUCACCGCAGACCUGGGAUCAGAAGACAAGAUUUUGGCCUUGGCUUGCUCUGGUGUGGAGAAAACCAAGACAUAGAGAGCAGCUUGAAUCUCCUCUCCAUUCCCAAGAUCACCCACUUAACUGCGUAGGCUGCUGCUAAACGUCUUUUGAGGGAAGAGAACACUUCUCUUACUCUCAUAUAAUUUAAUCAUGUCACAGUUGGCAGUCGGUCCAAGCAGUGUUUUAGUAGAUUAAAUUGUUUACAUGUCAUUUUUCAUCCAUUGCAUUUCUUGUACGAAAGUUGUUUUUAUGCAAGAUGAGAUCAUUCAAAACCUCCAUCCACGUGCUUGUCGUUAUCUCGGUAACAAACAUCUUGCUUGUAAAUAUGGUACUACAUUGGCAUUUCCGUAGGAUUCCUUUUUAUUUGAACUUCUGUGGUCUUCAGUUAAAUGAGUAAUACGUUCGUUCAUGCCUUAAUCGCGGUUAAAUCAGUGUAAAUGUGAAGCAAACAUUUGGACAACAUUGAUAGGAUGAAGCACGAAGGACUUGUAAUUGCAACGUGUGCAAAAGAAUAUUGUGCAUAUUUGAAGUCUGCAAAGCUUGAAUUUGCUGAACAGUCCGUAUAUACGAGUUUUUGCUCAUGUAAAGCUAGAUCGGACGAGGAAAAUCCUGACAUCCAAGCACUUUCAAAUGAAAAUAUCCAGGAUAGACAGUCUCAGCCAUGUUGCAUUGGCAAGUUUCACCAUGAGAAAAGCCACCAAUAGUCUUCUAAUAAUGGGGCACUUGAUAUUAAUGUCAUCAUUUACACAAGGCAGAUCAGAAGGCAAAUCAAUGGUCUUAGAUUUUAGCUCUUCGCUAACAAGCAAAACCAAUUUGUAGCUUUUUGUAAUACGAGCAGCUUCGAGAAGUCUCUCAUCCCUGUCAAGAUCAUCGGCGUGGGCGGGGUUUGUUGUUGACAGUGUUCUGCUGUGAGGAAUUUCAGGGUUUCUCUCGGUAAAUAAAGCGUAGAACACUUGUGAUAUUGCAGUACUAAUUGUUGGAAGUGUUAACGUUGUCUUUGUAUACUCGUUUUAUUUCACAAUAUGAAAUGUUAAUGGAAUGUAAGCUGUGGUAAGUGUUUUGCAUUUUUUGUAAAAAUGGUUGAUUUUUUUUGUUUGUUUUAAAGUUGUAUUAGAACUUUGUGGAAAAGAAUUAUAAUAAAUGGCACUAGUGAUA